ACUGAAAGCGGACGGUGGGCCGGCGGGGGCCACGUCAGCGGGCGCUGCGGGGCAGUGCGGGGGGCGGGGCGCUGCGGGCACCAUGCGGCGGGGUGCGCUCCUGGCCGGCGCCCUGGCCGCCUACGCCGUCUACCUGGUGCUGGGCGCGCUGCUGGUGGCGCGGCUGGAGGGGCCGCACGAAGCCCGGCUGCGUGCAGAGCUGGGGGUGCUGCGGGAGCAGCUGCUGCAGCGCAGCCCGUGCGUGGCGGCGCCGGUCCUGGACGCCUUCGUGGAGCGGGUGCUGGCGGCCGGACGGCUGGGCAGAGCAGUGCUAGCCAACAGGUCUGGAGCCGGCAAGGCCUCGGACCCGGCCUGGGACUUCGCUUCUGCGCUCUUCUUCGCCAGCACGCUGGUCACCACCGUGGGCUAUGGCUACACGACACCACUGACAGAUGCAGGCAAGGCCUUCUCCAUCGCCUUCGCACUCCUGGGAGUGCCCAUCACCAUGUUGCUCCUGACUGCCUCGGCCCAGCGCCUAUCACUGCUGCUCACCCACGCUCCCCUGUCCUGGCUGAGCUUGCAUUGGGGAUGGCACCCCCGACAGGCAGCCCGUUGGCACCUGGUGGCCCUACUAGUGGUCAUAUUGAUUGUCUGCUUCCUGGUACCGGCUGCAGUCUUUGCCUACCUUGAGGAGGCCUGGAGCUUUCUGGAUGCUUUCUACUUCUGUUUCAUCUCUCUGUCCACCAUUGGCUUGGGGGACUACGUUCCUGGGGAAGCCCCUGGUCAGCCUUACCGGGCUCUCUACAAGGUACUUGUCACAGCAUACCUCUUCCUGGGCCUACUUGGCAUGGUACUGGUCUUGCAAACUUUCCGCCGUGUGUCGGACCUCCAUGGCCUGACGGAACUCAUCUUGCUGCCCAAUCCGGAACCCACCAACCUCAACCAGAAUGAGGACGAUCAGGCAGACAUUCUGGACCCCCAGCCAGAACUGCACCAGCACCUCUCUGCCAGCUCCCAUGCUGAUUACGCCUCCAUCCCCAGGUAGCUGACCAGGAACGCCCAUGGAUAGGUGUGUGCAAGGCACUGCUGUGACCAUGCCUCCUGUUUUGUUGGGAGGCGAGGGGCCAACACUCUGCUUCCACAUCCCUGGUUCCUCAUCAACAACACAGUCAUGUUCCCCUCCUUCCCUUUCUCUCAUUUCCUCUCCUAGUCUGGCCACUUGGACUUUCAGGGUUUUUUGCUGAUAGUGGUGGUUUGUCUUUUGGUGUUUUUUUUGUUUUUAGACAGGGUCUCACUAUACAGCCCUAGUUGGCCUGAAACUUGCUAUGUAGACUAGCCUGGCCUCUGUCUCCCAGGUGCUGAGAUUAAAGGCAUGUACCAUCAUGCCUGGCUUCUUUUUAUUUUAGCACCUGGGCCUCAUUUUAGUUACUAGGUCAGUAGCUCCAUCUUGGCCCAGUGACUUCCCCUUUCUGAGCCUGGAUAUUCUCAACUCUCAGAUGCAAAGAAUAUAUGAACUCACCCAAAGCUGCCCCCUUUUUCUGUCCCUGUACUGGGGACACAGUCAUAGUGGAGAUGACUUAGGCCCUGCUCUUAUGGGCUUCAAAGACCAGAGAGGUAGACUGAACUGUCCCUAGAUAGUGACAGUCCCAAAUGGACACUGAGAGAGGCAGAGUGUUCAGGGCUGAGGAAUGACCCUGAAAUGUCCAAGAGGAAGGGACAAGAACUAAGUUAAGACCUGGGGACUGGUCAGAAGAGGACUCUGUCCUUUUUUCUCAGGUGUCUUCAGGGCAUAGCACCUGUGGGGUGAGCCAGGGGCCAGCAUCUUCCUCAGCAGUUUGGCAGGCAGGGCACUGACCCAGGACUUCAGUCCAGAUCUGAGCGACAUGCCAGGUACUGCUUUCGGCACAUCACCACAGUGGUGCUGUGCCUGUGUAGUGAGCAUUAACUGCAUGGCCUCCCUUGGGCUCUGGAACCAGCCUGCUUGGGCCCACCGUGCAACUGGGCCAUGUCCUCCUGUGUGUUCGAACAGUUACUCUGCCUCUGUCACCGUGUCUGCCAAAUAAUGACCGUGGUAAUACUAUCCCAGAAGAUGACGUCAGCCGGAACAGUAGCACAUGCCUCUAAUCCCAGCACUCUGGAAUCUGAGGCAGGAGGCUUGAGAGUUCCAGGCCAGUCAGGGUAUGUAUAGCAAGAGCGAGUUAUUAAUAAUGAUAAUAAUAAUAAAUGUCUAAGAAAAGGAAUAUGGUGCAAGGCUAAAGGGACUCCAGAGUAGGCAUCAGGAGGUGACAGGGCCCUCAGGCCUGGGCUUAGUACAUUUAUACAUUUAUAUCACUUAGAAAGGAUUCUGGCUGCAGGUAGCAAAACCAUGAUGGAUACUGUCUGAAAUAAUAACAUAGUUUCAUUGCACAUUGGCAGAGUCGGGGUGAGCUCCAGGCAUGACACUGUCCAUAGUUAUGGAGGGCCUCAUGGCCCCAGGUUCCCUGACUCUCUCUCUCCACUGAAGGCUUGGCUGCCACAGACCCUGAAGCAGCACAGUCACACAUGACCAUUUCUAGUGAAAACAAUAGAAGCUUCAGUCAGUGUACUGAGAAUUUUAAGGAAGGAUAGCUCAGCAGUAUCAAAUCAUGGUAAAAAGUCACACAGAAGAACUGGGCAUAACAGACACUUAUAAUACCGGCACUGUGGAGGCUGAAGCAGGAGGAUGGAGAAUCCUGUGGCCAGUUGGGGCAACUUAGAAACAAACAAAUAACAAGCAACAACAACAAACCCAAACAAAAUUACAAAUGGAGCUAGGAACGCAGCCCAGAGGUAUAGCAAGUUCUUAGCUUUAUCUGUUCCCCAGUACCAAAUAAAUAAUUUAAAAUUUUUCCUUAGGCAUGAAGAUCCAAGUUUGAUCCCCAGCACUUAUGUGUCAGCACUUACCUGUCAUGUCAGUCCUGGGAGGCAGACACUAGAAAUCCCUGGAGCUCAUUGGCUGGCUAGUCUAGGCGAAUCAAGAAGCUCAAGUUCAGUGAGAGACCCUGCCUCAAACAAUAAGGUGGAAAGUAAUUGAGAAAAACAUCAAACAUUGAACUCUGGCCUUCACACAUGCACACACGCACAGGCAUACAUAUGAAUACAAACAAAAAAAAUCUGGGUUUGCCAGGCAUGGUGGCACAUACCUUUAAUCCCAGCACUUGGGAGGCAGAGGCAGAUGGCUCUCUGAGUUCCAGGCCAGCUGGGGCUACAAGGAGAACCUGUCUCAAAAAGACCAAAAAAAUCUGGGUUAGCAAGAUGCUCAGUAAGCAAAAGUGCUUCCUGUGUAAGCCUGAUUACCUGAAUUCCAUCCUUGGAACCCA